AAAAGCGCUGCUAAGGAUAUUCCAACGACGUCCGGGACAAAAUCUCAAAUUAUGAUGCGUCUUGAGAAAAUGGUGGAGGAGUCCGAUAUUAUGCAAGGGUCCGUUCGUAGUAUAGAUUUUGAUGAAGGUGUUUUCGGAGCUGCUCAGUUCGAAAUAAUUGCAAAGGAGGACUUCCAACAACUUUUUGAACACACCGAAUUGGGCAUCGCUGUCAUUCAUACAUACAUAUGGUAUAUGUAUGUAACAUUGAUGCGGGGAACUGAAUUGUGUAACCGUUUCAAUUUUAUUGCUGCUUCCCGUAUCAAUGCAACGUUAAUAACGAAUAAUCCAACAUCCGUAAAGAAUGAUCUAGUCGAUAGAUUCAUGGCGGCCGGCGAUAAUACUACACCCAGUUUGUAUUUUUUACCAUACAUUUUAUUGAAACUUUUGUAG